AUGGCUGAACCUACCGAACCCGUUGGUGCCGAAGAGCACGACCCUCAAUUCGAACCUGUUAUCAAGCUCACCGAACAGGUCGAAGCUAAGACUCACGAGGAGGAUGAAGAGGUUCUUUUCAAGAUGCGAGCCAAGCUCUUCCGAUUCGCCAAAGAAUCACUCGAAUGGAAGGAACGAGGAACAGGUGAUGUUCGACUCCUCAAGCACAAGGAAACUAAGAAAAUCAGAUUGGUCAUGAGACGUGAUAAAACUUUGAAAGUCUGUGCGAACCACAUCGUCUCAUCCGAUAUGAAACUCUCACCAAAUGUCGGUUCCGACAGAUCAUGGGUGUGGAACGUAGCGGCUGAUUAUGCCGAAGGUGAAGCUUCACCUGAAACUUUGGCUAUCCGAUUUGGUAAUUCCGAGAAUGCAAACCUUUUCAAGACCGCUUUCGAAGAUGCUCAAACUGCCAAUGCUGGAUCAUCCGCCCCUGCCCCUGCUGCUGAGGAGACCAAAGAGGAGGAAUUUGCUGCCGCUCCUGCUGCUACCGAGGAAAAGAAGGAAGUUGAACCUGUCAACGAGACCACCGCUGCUGCUGAGAAGGAAGAACUUAAAGAGGAGAAAGCUGCUGAGGAUACAACCGAAGCUCCAUCAACUCAUCAACCAACCUCCGAGACCGCUCCUGCUGCCACUAGCGAAAGCAAAGAAGUUGAUGAACUCGCUUCUGAACUCAAGAAACAAGCUAUCGCCGAAAAAUCUGAAACUUCUGCUCCUGAGCCUGCUGCCGAAGAGGAGAAGAAGGAAGAAGCUGCUGCCACUCCUGCUCCUGCUGCUUGA